AUGAGACCUAAGGAGGCCUGUUCAGUUCUUACUCAUGCUGGCUUAUUUCAGAGGGAGUGCCUUUCCAUUCACGUGGGGCAAGCUGGUGUCCAGAUUGGGGAUGCUUGCUGGGAACUGUAUUGCCUGGAACAUGGAAUCCAUCCAGAUGGCUUUCUUCUCGACAGUAAAAAGGAUCAGUUGGAAAUUGCUAAAAUGGAGCCUAUGGAUGCCUCUUUCGAUACCUUCUUUUGUGAGACAAGAGCUGGGAAGCAUGCGCCCAGAGCACUCUUCAUUGAUCUAGAGCCAACUGUUAUAGAUGUGAUUAGAACAGGCAAGUAUCACUCACUCUUCCACCCAGAGCAGCUUAUUAGCGGGAAGGAGGAUGCUGCAAACAACUAUGCCCGAGGCCACUACUCUCUGGGGUCAGAGAUCAUCGACCUUGUGCUGGAGAGGAUCCGAAAGCUGGCAAAACAGUGCAGUGGACUGCAGGGAUUUUUGAUUUUCCGAAGCCUUGGAGGAGGCACUGGAUCAGGAUUUACAUCUCUCUUAAUGGAGCACCUCUCAAUACAAUAUGGCAGGAAGACUAAAUUGGAGUUCUCUGUCUAUCCAUCCCCAAGGAUCUCCACUGCUGUAGUAGAACCUUACAACUCCAUCCUCACCACCCAUUUCACAUUAGAGCACUCGGACUGUACCUUCAUGAUGGACAAUGAGGCCCUCUAUGACAUAUGCCAUCAUAAACUUGGUAUUGAACGACCCUCUUACGCCGUCAUUAAUAGCUUGAUAGGUCAGGCAGUAUCUUCCAUUACUGCUUCCCUCCGGUUUGAAGGGCCUUUGAAUGUGGACCUAAAUGAAUUUCAGACCAACCUAGUACCAUAUCCAAGAAUACAUUUCCCCAUGACAGCCUUUGCCCCCAUCGUUUCUGCUGACAAUGCCUACCACAAGAACUUCUCCGUGUCAGAUAUCACCAGUGCUUGUUUUGAGUUCUCCAACCAGCUGGUCAAGUGUGAUCCUCGACUGGGGAAAUACAUGGCCUGCUGCCUACUCUACAGAGGGGACGUGGUCCCUAAGGAUGUGAAUGCAGCAAUUGCAGCCAUGAAGUCAAGAAACUCUAUUCAGUUUGUGGAUUGGUGUCCAACUGGUUUCAAGGUGGGCAUCAAUAGUCAACCACCCACGAAGAUGCCAGGGAGUGAACUGGCCAAGGUCCAGAGGGCUGUCUGUAUGCUGAGCAAUACCACAGCAGUUGGAAAGGCCUGGGCCCACCUGAACCACAAGUUUGACCUCAUGUAUGCCAAGAAGGCAUUUCUGCAUUGGUACAUCAGAGAAGGCAUGGAAGAAGAGGAGUUUUCAGAGGCUAGGGAAGACCUGGCAGCUCUGGAGAAGGAUUAUGAGGAAGUAGGGCAAAGUUUCUGA